ACUGGGUGGGGUGAAAGGCAGUUCCACAUCAGUAACUCGAGUUGAAGAGCCUGCCAGGGGGCCUGGGAAGCUCAUCGGAACAUCAUGGCGUUCGUGGAUGCCUGGAAACAAAUAUCUUGGUUUUAUUACCAAUAUUUACUCGUCACAGCUUUGUACAUGCUGGAGCCUUGGGAGAGGACGGUGUUCAAUUCCCUGCUGAUCUCAGUGGCUGGCAUGGCAGUGUACACGGGCUAUGUGUUCAUGCCUCAGCACAUCAUGGCCAUAUUGCACUACUUCGAAGUGAUCCAGUGACCAAGCCGGAAGCACCUUUACCAGGACGUGUCCAUGGCUGCCCCCUGGUGGACAUGAAGAUGAUUUUAUUAUUUUGAGUGCUCAAGGACUGUAUUUUCUGUGCUCCUCUGGCGUGAAUGCAGGCGGGUUGGAUGGGCAGAAAGAACAGAGAAUCUCUGGGGAGAGGGAGGGAAGCAACGCUAAGGAUUUCAUUCCAUUUUAUCUCGAGUUGUGGUUGCCCAGCAACUUCACUUUUUUUGUUUCCUCCUUGACUCGAAGUACAGAUGUCUGUGUUAGAUUUACCUUUUUACAAAUUAACUGUCUCCUGCAGUUGUGGUUUUCCAGCUGCUAAAUAUCUUCUCACUAAUGUGUAUAUAUAUGUAUACAUAUGUGUGUAAAGUUUUGUAGUAACUGUUUGCCUGGGAAGAGCUAUUGUUUUUUUUGUUUUUUGGCAACAUUGGGGUUGACCACAGUCAGGAAGAACCAAGUUUUGGAAGAAUUGCUUUUGUACUUUUCAAUAGCAUCAAGAGCUUUGAUAUAAUCAGACUAAAACAUAUUUUUGUGUUUUAAAAAGUACUAAAUAUUGUUUGUAAGAUGUGUAGAAAGUCUCAGGUGUUACCUUAUUGUGGAAUUUAUGUUUAUUAAAACAAUACUUCAGUA